CGGCGGCUCGCCGGGCCACCGCUCGCGCCGCACAGCAGCAACAGCUCAGCAGCAGCAGCAGCAGCAGCUAUUAUCGCUCGCCGUGAUUGAUAACGGGCGCGGUGAUAAGCAAUCACCACACCGCUUAUCGCGAACGCUCGACUACCGCUUGCGCCGAGUCCGUCCACGUAUACACACGGCGCGCAUGGGGGCACGAGACGCACGAGACGCACCGAUAGAUCAUUAAACUGCAACGUAAGAUAAUAAGUAAGCCGCGAUCGCCGAUCACUUGAGCUAGUGACGUUUGGUUUCUCGUCUUGUGCGCGUAUUCGAUAGCGUGUGGUGAGGACCGACGCGCCGGCCGGCCGCUAUCGUUUACACGCCCUCGUCCGCGUACACCUUCUUCUUCUUCUUCACAUCUAUCCACAAGGCGGACGGACGGACGGACGGUUCCUUGUUUUCCGUGUUUUCUAUCGCUCCAAGGUCUGUGAACGCCCGCAGCAGUGAUGAAUAUCUUCACGGUCGUCGCCAGAACCACAGCGAUCACACCGAUCGUCACUACAGCGAAUACCGUCAAAUAGUCGUACUGUGUGUAUCAUAUUCUACCGCAUUACCUCUACUUACGUACACAGAUUGUCAGUAAAGAAAUUUGGAAACUAAACAUAAUUUAUCGUCGAUAACUACAAGUACAAGUGUUUCAAUUGUCCCAGUUGUACUAUAUGAUCAGGAUUAUACAAACUAUAUUACUAUUUCUUCAACUGUCACAUAGCUGUUUGAUACUUUUAUUGUCAAUAGUCACUUGUAAUCAACUAGCAUCAUUGAACACCGACAUUGGUAACUGCAUCAAAGUCUAGUGGUUACUAUACAAUGAUUCCACUAUCAUCUUCAACGUCGCAGAGAAAAUCAAGCGUGGCGGCAAAAAUGACAAGCGGUAGCUCCACCGGUAUGCCUUCACCCACCAGCCUCUUGACAAAGCUCAAGGGGGCCAUACGUUCUGUUGUGUCCGACUCGAAUGCCCGCAAUUUGAUGGGCUUUUUGGCCCUAAACUUCGUGUUCGCUUUUGUGGAACUCGCGUACGGCAUGUGGACGAACAGCUUGGGUUUGAUAUCGGACUCGUUUCACAUGUUCUUCGAUUGCACUGGCCUAGUGGCCGGGCUGGCGGCUCAAGUAGUCAGCCGGUGGCCAGCUGACGAUUCGUUCGCCUACGGCUAUAAGCGGGCCGAAGUACUGGCCGGAUUCGUCAACGCGCUGUUCUUGUUGUUCAUAGCGUUUUUCAUACUGACGGAAGCCGUGGAACGGGCCAUCGAACCGCCCGAGGUGCACCACGACCGCCUGUUCGUGGUCAGCGUGCUGGGGCUGCUCGUCAACCUGGUCGGCAUAUACGUGUUCCAGCACGGCGGCAGCCACGGGCACAGUCACGGCGGCUCGGGCGGCGGUCACGGGCACAGCCACGGCGGCGGCGGUGGUGGCCACGGGCACAGCCACGGCGGAGGCGGCGGUGGUCACGGGCACAGUCACGACGCGCCCGGAGACGACCCGUACAACCAGCACCACCAAGUGUCCAUAUCGAUGGGCGGCGGCGGUCACCAGCAAAACAACGCGUCGGCGCCGACGUCCGGCACCGGCCAGAGCGGCCACAGCCAUCAAAACCAUCUGAUGAAAGGCGUGCUGUUGCACAUCUUGGCCGACACGCUGGGCAGCGUGGGCGUGGUCAUUUCGGCGCUGCUGAUGCGAGCUUUCGGGUGGAUGCGCGCGGACCCAGUGUGUUCCAUAUUCAUUGCCGUGCUCGUGGCCGCCUCGGUGUGGGGACUGCUCCGCGACUCGGCCCGCGUACUCAUGAUGCGCACGCCCGUCGAGCUGGACGACGAGCGGCGCGUGCUGGACGCGUGCUACUCCCGACUGCACCGGUACCAUCCGGCCGUGAUGGGCAUCCAGGAACCGCGGUUCUGGACGCUGUGCGCGGACGCCUACGCGGGCAGCAUCAAGAUCGAGGUGCGGUCCGGAUUCAUCGGGAGCGUCGGUCCGGGCGGCAACAGCGACUACGCGGCGUCCUUGUCGCCGUCACCCUUGCAAUUCGCGGGCCAGGCGAGCCUGCAGUCCGCGGACGCCGCCAGACUGUUGCACGACCGCGACCAAUUCGCCAACGGUCUGGUGCGAUACGCGCAACAGGUGUUCGGCGCCGUCGGAGUCCGGAACCUGUACGUGCAGAUCGACUAUGCGGGCGAAGACAUGCUGAACCACAAUCAUACACAUCACCACGUCAACGACGUGCAGCGGCAGAACAGCUACGCGACAACCGGCAGCCUGCUCGAUCAGCCCCAACAGCAAUUCCAGGCGUACAAUCAAACACACCAUCACCAGCAGCAGCAGCAGCAGCAGCAGCAGCAACACCAGCAGCAGCAACAGCAACAGCAACAGUACACUAAUCCGCUGCUAAUGAUGUAAGAGUAUUUUUCAACCACCGGUAUGGCGCCACGCCAUCGCCACCGUCCGCGGGAGUCCAGAGGAUUACGGUCACCGACAACCUCAUCCGAACACAGUACACUGACAGUUUCAACGACAACGUAAACAAAACAAAAUAAAAAUCAUUCACAUUUUUAAUAAUAAUACUACUACUAUUUUUAUUAUAUUUAUUAUACGUAUUCUGUACUAUUCGUGUAAACUUGUUACAUUAAUGAUUGUAUCGAAAAUAAAAAAUUUUAUUUGUACAUAA